GGCUUUUUUGUUGGAGAAGCUGGUGGCGCAGUUUCGUUGGUGUGCGGGCUACCUACGUGUUGGCCGGCGUUUAAAUACUGCCCUGUCCAAGAGCCUUUGUGCCUCGAGGUUUCUCCAACUUACAAUUUGUUUUUGUUCACUUGGAAGACGCAGUCUUUUAACGAAAUGGAUUCCGAGCACCCUUAUCUCGAAAUUUUUCGACAUGAAUUGAUAGAUGAAGUUGAAGAGCGAAGGUUCCGUCGGCUUACAGGAGCCGAAGAUCAGGAAAUGCUAGACGCGAUGGUACCAACUCCGUACCCGGCAACAGCGUCCCGCGAAUCGACUGCCACGCUUAGAGCAAUGUCUGAAGCGGAUAGUGCUCAUGGUUGGCACGGGUCAAAUGCUGCCGGUGACGAAAUGGACAUAGAUGGGAGAGAAGAGAGGACUCCAACUGUUGACGAGACGCUCACGCCUAUUAUUGUUGCAACAGACUUCGGAACUACCUUCUCUUCGGUUGCGUAUGCCAGGCGCGGAGAGGGGAUGCUGCCCGACGUUAAGAUCAUUGACAAUUACCCCAACGAGCCUUCGCAUUAUACAAAUGGCCAUCUUAGUCGCCAAGUUCCAACGGAAAGUUGGUAUCCUAAUGAGCCGACACUUGAAGAGGGGUCUCGCAGUCCAACUCCAAUACAGGACUACUUUCCUCAAGGAGUCUCGAAUGGAAAUAUAUACGACGCAGAAAGCGAUGAGCAAGGGGACAUCUUCGACGGGCCCGAGGAUGAGGAACCGACCAUACCUCAACCCUCUCCUUCGCCGAAAUUGCGUUCCUUUGUCUGGGGCUACGGGAUCCAGGCCGAGAUAAACGAAGAUAUGGACCAUAGCAAAUUCAAUCGCAUCGCCCGAUCAAAGUUGUGGUUAGAUAAAUCUGAACAUACUGCCUCGGUCCGAGCUGAACUUGACCCAAUUCUGAGGAGACUGAAGAGGAAGAAAGUCAUCAAAGAAAACGAGGAUGUCAUAGCAGAUUAUUUGGGUCGGCUGUUCAUGCAUACAAAGGCACAGUUGAAGGAAGAGGGUGUCAUUUCGGAUGCUACCCCAAUCGAGCAUGUAUUGACGGUUCCUGCGAUCUGGACUGCAGACGCAUGCCGAAAAAUGCAGAGGGCUAUGGCCAUUGCAAUCGAGCAGGCCAAGUUUGGUGCUGUCGAGAACCUCUUCUUGGUCUCGGAGCCAGAAGCAGCUGCCACCUAUGUCCUGAGUCAAUGCAAGAAGGGGAACGCGAUCACCCAUGGAGAAGCGUUUCUGCUCCUAGACGCUGGCGGUGGUACUGUCGACGCCACGACUUAUAGAGUGGAUAACGAAUCUCCAUUGAGACUGUCAAAAGAAUUAGUUCCUCCUGACGGCUGCCUUAAAGGCUCAAGCUUCCUCAACGAGGCUUUCAAAAAACAUCUGAGGCAGAGACUGGAGGGCGAAGAGGAUGACAUAGAGACCGAUGGUUUCACAGUUACCGGUAUCAUAGAAAAGGUGGCCCUCGAUUUUGAAUACUCCAUGAAGAGGGGAAUAGAUGUUACCGUGAAGGUAACACAACAGAAUAUCAUGAUCAAAGGACUUCGGGAAAAUAGCCAGAAACGUUUCAAAGACAACCGUGUUUUGAUGGACAGGUCCGACUUCGUACAGAUAUUUUAUCCUUGCCUCCAGGAGAUCAAGAGGCUUAUGAGAAGUCAACUUAUCAGCGCAAAGCACGCUGGUCAUGAUGUGAAGAAAGUGGUUCUCAUCGGCGGCUUCGGCACAUCGAAAUCCCUUCAGUCAUUCCUGAGGGAGGCUCUGAGAGAAAUAAGUCGUUUAUUUAGAUACCGGGGUGAAAUACACCUGAUCACGCACAAGGACCUGGAACGAACCGACCCGGAGGUCGCUGUUUCUUAUGGAGCCGUGCUUCGCGCUUGGGACAAAGAAGACGGACCAGCUCGCAUUACAAAGUCGAGCUACGGGUUCGAAAUUAUGGAAGAAUACAAUCCUACAAAACACCCAGAACACCUCGAAGCCAAGAGAAAAUACACCGAUAAACUCGACGGGAUGGUUUAUGUGCGGCGGGUGAUCGAAUGGCAUGUGUGCAAGGGUCAAUUUGUUCCCACACACAAGGAGUAUUCAUUACCUUCGGUGUACAGAAUCUUCGCUGCAACAAAAUUAACCUUCAUUUGCGAGGAGAACUUGUGGGUUUCUGACUCAGAUGUUCAGUCGCAUUACCAGAUAACACACAAGAAGAACAAAGGCGCCGAACUGGCAGGGACCAUUAAAGCGGACAUGACACCGCUCGUGAGAUCGGGGAAGAUACAGCUGACGUACCCCGAGGAAGGUUAUGAGGGGGCCCCACACUACAGAAUUGAGUUUGAGCUUGUCAUGAUUAUCAAUGGACGAAAUUUGAGGUUUGAAGCUCGAUGGCCGAGGGGUGGCGAAGUGCAGGGCAGCACACAGAUUUGUAUUGCAGCUGCUUUCAGGCCUGGAACAGACUGAAAUCGUAGGAAGUUACUAUAGAAUUUUUAUAGCUGCUUCGAACAUCAGAUUAUAGCGAUCCUUAUAAUAUCCAGAAUAAACUUAUCAAUCCGGUUUCUGGCUUCAGACCCCUUUCAAUCGAG